AUGGCAGGCAUGGUCGCUAAGUACGCCAUGAAGAAGGCGUUGGGCAAGGAGAUGGAAAAGUACAAGUCCAAGGACGUAUCUGGACCCUACGACCCCUACUACGCAUUGCAGCCAGACCCAAAGAGGCCCCACAAGAUGAAGAAAGUCAAGAAGGACAUUCCCAACUACAUUCCCGAGAAUGAUUGCGUUGUCCUAGCCAAGGCCCGCAAGUCCGCAUACAGGCUCGACUACGCUCUUUUUACCUUUAUGGGAAUCCGAUUUGGCUGGUCUUCUGUCAUUGGCCUUGCCCCAGCCGUGGGCGACGCCGCAGGUUCCGCCUUGGCCCUGAACCUCGUUCGCAACAUGUGCAAAGUGGAAGGCGGACUGCCAGCCAGCGUCCUUAUCAUGAUGCUGUUCAACGUCGCCUUUGACUUCCUCAUCGGCCUUGUUCCCUUCAUUGGCGAUCUUGCCGACGCAGCUGUCAAGGCCAACGGCAAGAACGUGCGCCUUCUUGAAGAGCACCUCGACAAGCUCUACAAGCCCAAGGAGCUCGCAGACAGAGAUUCCAAGCUCCCCAGAGAACGACGCCCGCGCCCUGCUUCUGUCUACGUCGACUUUGACGAUGAGAUUGAUGAGCGACGCAACACCUUUGAGGAUGACCAUGACGAUGUUCGCCACCCUCAACGUUCCUACGGUGGAGGACGUGUUCACGACGAAGAAAUGGGUGGACGAACCUCGCGCCCCGGCGACCCCGAACCCAUCGUCAUCCUCCCCUUCUACUUCCAGGUCAUUGAGAACUGCCUCCCGGACAACACCAUCCAGGCCCGCGGUGUAUACAAGAAUAUGGAUUACGUGUGGGCCUACACUCUAGCCAAGGGCCGUACUGUCCAGGUUGACCACGGCAUCGGGGGAUACCCUUUUACGUUCCUGAUCGAACCGUUCGAUUACAAAAAUAGUAUCCUACACUUCACGUACGACAACGGCGAUGAUUUCCACUGCGAUUGGAACGACAGCGAGUCGUGGAAGCGUUGUGGCGAGUGUAGGACGGGGUAA